UUAAUUGAUGAUUUCAUUUAUUACGUUACAAAUGUAGGAGCUGAUGAAGAUAGAACAUCUCCCUAGACCAAAUUUGACACGUCUUCAGGUUUUUAGUGAUGUGUUUGAGGACAUCUGUCGGGACUCACCAACACUUUGUGAAAUCUUGAGAGAAAUCAAGGCCGAAUAUGAUUUGUACCUGAUGUCACUCUUGGAAUCUCAGCCAACGGAUCAACACAAGAUCUUGCUGGCUGAACUCCGAGGUAUGACUACCAGAACAGUGAAAACUCACCACGUAGAGGAGGUGCAACAAAAACUUUUAAGUCUGGAGCAGGAAGCAAGACUCGCAUUGCAGAGGAAUGAUAAGCUCAGAAAUGAACUUGAGGCUGAACUUUCCAAACUGGAGCCCUUGUCUGAACAGCAAGAGGAGCAGUCUAAUUUGAAGUACAUGAAAACUAGAAAACAGCUGCCGCAUGGCAUGGAGCAGAUGUUGUCACUGAGAGACCGUAUUUGUAAAACAACAGCAAUGAUUCAAGAGCUGGAGAAUGAGCUGAAGCAUUCCAUGGUGCCCUCUAUAAUCACUGAUGCUCUGCAGAGUUCUUUCAAGGAUACUCUGGGUGAAGUUGCAUAUUUGCAGAAAUCUAGUGACUUUCUUUGCAGUAAAAUAAAAGCUCUUGAAAAUUAUAUAGAAAGAACUCUUAUUAAUUAUAAAACGACGAAAGAAGAUAGAGCGAACUUCUGGUAUAUGCUCAAAGACAUUGUGGAUUCUGCUGAAAUUAAAAAAGCCAGAAUCUCUGAGGAAUGGGUUUGUCAGCUUGCCAAUUAAAGUGAGCUUCCUAAUAUAGGAAUUCUCACAAACAUCUGUUCAUUUAAAUAUGUGUGCAAUGAGAGCCCUAAAUUUAGAGAAAAAUCAUUUUGGCAGAAAUCUGUUAAAAAUUUUGUUCAUUUGUAUGUAUCAUCAUCUGACUUCAAAAUGAGAUCUUCUAUCUACUGUAUAAUGCUGAGAGCUUUUCCGAAUAAUAACUACUACCAACACCUAUGUAGCCAAAUAGUUUGAAGCACUUCACAGAACAGUUUUAAAACAAAAUUUGAUAUCAAUUCACAUCAUGACAUAUUAAGGCAGUUAAUCAAAAGUUUCGUCAAAAAGAUAGAUGUUAAGGAAUCUGUUAGUAGUAGUAGAGUGAUAGUAAAGUGGUUUAACUUGGGAAUUCCAGAACUUAGUGCUUGGAUACCUGAACACACAACCAACGAUGGAAGCCGGGAAUGUGCAAGAUACUAGAAAGAAAAUGUGUUUUUCUGCAGCAUCUUUCACAACUACAGAUGCAGCAAAGUCCUAUUGAAAGAAAAGGUAAUUGAAAAACUAAUUGAGUUAAACAAUAACGCAGAGGAAGUAUUAGAAAGGCUUGCUGAGCAUAAAGCUAAUAAUUUCACAAGAACAGUAGGGGUGCAUUUGAGGAUGCUGAGACAAGUAAGGGUGGAAAUUUCAGCGGUGCUUUCCUUGAUCGUUAAAUCGUUUGUAUAGGUGGUGACCUAAAGAAAAUUGAACCAGUAAUCCAGAGGCUGAGGCUAGUUCUCUGAGGAUAAUUUUACCGUUGGUAGUUGGAAGGCUUUAAAUUUAUUUAAUAAAAUCUGAAAUUUACAAACA